UUACAACUUCUGGGUUAGAAUGAAUUAUGAACAAAAUAUUAGGACGUGGAAACAAAUAUUCCUAAAACGGAGGUCUGCGAUGUCAAAAACCCCUAAAAGCACUCUUUCUACUUGUGAUGUUCGUCUCCAGCUUUUCAUGCGGAGAAGAGAAAUGGCGAUGAUCCAGAGGUGCGGCGCAGUAGCGAGGAGAAUGCUGACGCCAGAUCGUACGGCGGCGUUUUCAUCGCUGUCGUCGUCGUCGGCUGCGGCGGGGGCGCCGAUACUCUGCGGACGCGGGGACAAGAGGACGAAGAAAGGGAAGAGAUUCAAGGGAUCGUACGGAAACUCGAGGCCGAAGAAGGAGAAGAUGAUUGAGCGAAUUAAAGACAAGGUCGAGGUGCCCAGGUCCACCCCUUGGCCCCUCCCUUUUAAGCUCAUCUGAUUAUGCUUCUUUGCUUUUCACAGGAAACGUAGUGAUGCACUGAUGUGUUUGAAAACCUAGGGUUAGGGUUUUGGGGAUUCGAUUGCGAUUGGAAUAUGCAGAUUUUUAUAUGAAUCCUUGUUGAACUAUCUGUUUCGUAUAAUCAACCUCCACUUUUAAUGAAGAUUUUGAAUUUUGAGAAA